UUUAUCGGUAGCGCGGAGGUUCAUCAGAAAACACGCGUGUGAUUUUUGUAUGCGAGGAUUGCCGGAAAGAGCCCAUGCCUUGGUUAAAGUAUGGCAUUUGCGACGCGAAGUCUACGAAUUUUAUGCAAAAUAUAUAAUGGUAAUACGGGAGUAACACGUUUCGUACUCCAGCGACCGAUCGGUCGGACAUCGCUCGUUCAACUAGCGCAAAAAUACUGUUAUAGUACCGAGACUACAGGUCGCUCAAAAAUCACUAAUAAUCUAACAAAUAUACAGUCUUCAAUAAGUGAAGCAGAAUCAUUGGCACAGGAAUCAGCAGCUCAUACAAAGCAAAAUGAACAAGCAAAAGAAGAAGAAGACAAAGCAAGUCGUGCGAGAGCAAAGAAAAUGAUGAAUUAUGGUUUUAUAGCCUUUGGUGUAUUUAUGGGUGUUGGCUUCACUUAUGUAAUAUAUGAAUUAGGAAGACCUAACUAUGAUAAAGAUGGGAAUGUCAUUGAGGAUGAAUUUUCCAAUCUACCAUUCUUUGAACAGAUUUAUAAGAGAGUCAGGAGAGAGCUCAAUUAUUAUACAAAACUGGUACAGGAACCUAGUAGGGAAAAGUUACUUCCUGAUCCACUGAAAUAUCCCUUUAUACAGCCACCAUAUACUUUAGUCUUGGAAUUGACAGAUCUUCUCGUGCAUCCAGACUGGACAUACCAAACAGGAUGGAGAUUUAAGAAACGGCCUGGAAUAGACCAGUUUUUAGAAGCAGUAGCACCACCACAAUUUGAAAUCGUAGUUUAUACAGCUGAACAAGGAUUGACAGUGUUUCCUAUCUUAGAUGCACUCGAUCCACAUGGAUACAUAAUGUACAGAUUAGUUAGAGAUGCUACGCGUUUUGUAGAUGGUCAUCAUGUUAAGGAUCUAGCAGCUCUCAACCGCGAUCUUAGUAAAGUUAUUGUUAUCGAUUGGAAUGAAAAGAGUGUGAAAAUGAAUCCAGAAAAUGCAUUCAGAAUUCCACGAUGGAGUGGAAACGAUGAUGAUACUACGCUGUACGAUUUAGCGGCAUUCCUAAAAACGAUAUCAACAUCGAACGUGGGAGACGUACGAGACGUUCUAAAUUAUUACAGACAGUUUGAUAAUCCGUUGGAGACGUUUAGAGAAAACCGGCGAAAAUUAUUGAUGCAAAUGGAAGAGGAACAAAAUAAGGCCCAACAAGGAAGUGGUCAAGUACUUACCUCGAGAUGGAAACCAUCUUUCUUACGAAACCGCUAGUCAAAGUGAACGAGUCACAUUGAAAUUAUAAAUGCAUGUCUUUUAAAUAUGAGAUACAAGAACGUUUGAGGAAACUCCCCGGGAGAGAUAUCACUCAUUGUAUAAUUUUUAUUAUAAUAAAAUAAAUAAAAUUCUAAUUAAUAAAAUUCUAA